AUGAGGAAGAAUUCAGCUAGUAAGAAGCUCAGCACUCUUCUAUGGCUGACCUACUUGUCAGCAGAGUGGGCUGUGACAGUGUCGCUUAGUGUGCUUUCCAACAAUGCAGGAAAGUCUGUGAAUCCAGACCUUGUAAUUACAGCAUUCUGGGCUCCAUUUCUUCUCUUGCACCUUGGAGGCCCAGACACCAUUACUGCAUACUCCUUGGAAGACAACGAGUUGUGGCGCAGGCAUGCACUAACGCUAGUCACCCAAGUGACUACAACUGUCUAUGUCGUACUUAGGUGCUGGACCAGUACUCCAUUAAAUUUUCUUGCUAUUCCAAUCUUUGUUGCUGGGAUAAUCAAGUCUGGAGAGAGGAUAUGGGUUCUGAGGUAUGCGAGCAGCGAACACUUCAGAGAGUCCAUGACGCAUCCAAGUUAUCGCAUGUCAAAGAAGUCUCCCAGCUAUGUGUUAGGUUUGCAAUUCAACGUGCCUGUUAACGAUCCUUUUGAAAAUGCAGACAUUUUACAGAACGCCUACAAUUUCUUCAAAAUUUUCAAGCAGUUGUUGGCAGAUGUCAUCGUUAACUUCCAUGAUAUUGAGAACAGCCGAAUCAUCAUCAAGAAUGUAUCAUCAGAAGACACUUUCAAAAUGAUUGAAAUCGAGCUUGGAUUCAUCUAUGAUGUGUUCCACUCAAAAGCAGUCGUGCUUUAUUCAUUUGUGAUGGAUGGCUUCUCUGGUUGCUUCACUCUUUGCUGCAUCAGUCUCCGUUGCAUCAAUUUCUUAUCAAUUAGUUCUGUAUCCAUGGCCUUCUUGAUCACCGAAAAGCAUGAUUACUCAAGAGUGUCCGUGAUUAUCACUUAUGUAUUGCUAACAGGAGCAAUCAUCCUUGAGCUCUACGCACUUAUAUUACAACUAUGCUCUGACUGGACAAUGCUAUGGCUGAGUAGGCGUAAUCUCUUACAUAAGGGCAUUUUGUCAUUUCUACUUACUAAAAGGAAGAGGUGGUGUAAUACCAUGCAACAGUACAACAUAAUAAGCAUUAGCCUUCAAGAUAUUCCUGCCAAGAGAAGUUUUAUCAUGAAGAGGCCGUAUGUGUUCAGAAUGAAGCUUAUACAUACCAUUGUCGUUUGUGUGUACAAGGUCUACUUCAUGUUUGAAGACAUAGGACUUUUAUACAAAGAGGACUAG